AUUAACUCGCCUGCCGUAGAGUAGAGAAGACGAAAGUUAUACGUUAUGUCGUUAUUUCAUCGUUUCGUCGAACUAAGCUAUAAAGCGGCUAAUGUUGACGAACCAUGGCUAUAUGAAGAAGAACCCCACUCUGAUAGAAGAAAAGAAAUUCUCAGGAAAUAUCCUCAAAUUAAAAAAUUAAUGGGUCAUGAUCCUUGGAUGGUCGUUUUUGUGACUAUAGAAAUAAUUAUUCAACUAUUUAUGUGCUAUAUUAUCCAGGACGCUAAUUGGCCAACUUUACUAAUUUCGGCCUAUGUUAUAGGUGGCACGAUAAACCAUUCCCUAGGUAGUGCUAUACACGAAAUUGGACAUAAUUUAGCGUUUGGUCAUAAAUAUCCUUUAUGGAAUCGUGCAUUGGGUUUCUGGACAAAUUUACCUAUGGGAAUACCAAUCAGUGUAACGUACAAACGAUAUCAUUCCGAUCAUCAUCGUUAUUUGGGUCAUGAUGAAAAAGAUGUCGAUGUUCCAACUGUAUUUGAAUCUUGGCUAUUCCGUCAUCCACUACUUAAAAUUAUUUGGCUUAUACUUCACCCUGUCAUCCAUGGUAUUAGACCUUACGUUAAAUCUCCAAAACCUCCAAAUUGGUUGGAAAUAACGAAUUUAAUUUGCCAAUUUUCUUUCAAUUUCUUUAUCUUAUACGUUUUCGGCUAUAAAGCAUUAGCCUAUCUUAUAAUAGGUACCCUUAUGGCUCUUGGUUGUCAUCCAUUAGCUGGACAUUUUAUUAGCGAACAUUAUUUAUUUAAUAAGGGACAAGCAACUCAUAGUUACUAUGGUCCUCUGAACUUUAUAUUAUAUAAUGUCGGAUAUCACAAUGAACAUCACGAUUUCCCUUAUAUACCCUGGAGGAAGCUACCAGAAGUAAGUAUAAUGAACUUUACUAAAGCAAGAAGCGAAUAUUUAAUAUAUUCCUAUUAACGAUAUCCCACAUUUCAUUGAUUAUUCAUUCAUAUGCUACGUCUUAUUGAACAGGUCAGAAAAAUAGCUCCAGAGUAUUACGAUAAUAUACCAUGUCAUACGAGUUGGUUUAAAGUCAUAUGGGAUUUUAUAUGGGAUGAAAAUAUGGGUCCACACGCUCAUGGUUUAGGUUUUUUACCAGCUGACCAUCCAGUAUACGAUCCAGUACGACAUAAUUGGGAAAAAAAUUCCACAGAUCUGAAUAGCAAUGGCUACAACAAUUUACCAAAGAAAAUUGAAUAAUAAAUCUCUUUUCUUUCCACCUCUUCAAGACGAAAUGUUUGAACUGUUAAUUUUUUAGCUAAAAGAGUUUAUUAAUUUUUUUUAAAGUUUAUAAAAAUUUGUAUCUUUCUUAUAAAUUAAUAAUAAUUAAAAAUAGUAAAAAAAGGACAAGAAAAGAAAAACUAGUACGUAUUGGUUUCAUUAAUCAAAUUAAAUUGUCAAUUAGUUUGUGAAUUGUUGUACUGUUUCUAUUAUAUUUUUUCAGAAACUCUGUGAUAAACAUAUAUUAUCAAUGUGAUAUUUAUACUCUUGUUUAUUUUUUUUAAUAUAAGAACUAUAUAGACAGAGUUAUUAAAUAUCAUCCUCCUCUGCACAGUCUCCAAGUUUCUUCUUGUUUUUACUAUUUAUAAUUCGCAAAGUGCUUUAACAUAUUUGUUUUUUUUUUUUUUUGAUAUUGUAACAAACUUAUACAUCCAUGAUUAGAUGAAUAAGACGUUUAAUGUUCAGUUCAUUCUCGUCAUUUAGGUAUUUAAUACUUUAUCAUGUUUGUCAAUUUCUAUUUUUUAUUUUUUUUGCCUCAGCUGCUUGAAUAAAUUAUUUUAAAAUAGUUUUCAUCUUUGAUUGUUUAUUGUUUUUUCUCUAUGAAUACAAUGAUAAUAAUGAUUUGAAU